CCUGCCCCGGCGUCGUUGGAGCUUCUCGGCCGCCUGCAAUCCAACAUGGAGUAGAGAGAGAUGGGGCUCUAGCGGGGCCACCCCUCGGUAACAGCAGCGACGACGCGCUUUUUACGCACAACUGGAACCGGAGUCGUCGGUGAAAACAUGCGCCUUAGGACUUAAAAACGGAGUGUGUGCCCUGUGCGCCCGUGUGUGUGUGAGAGAGAGAGUGCGUGCGAGUGUGAGUGAGUGAGUGUGUGUGUUUGGGCAGGGAGGGGGGUGUAAUAGAAGACCGGAGCUGGAUUAAGCUACAAAAUUGUCCGUUCAUGCUAGGUGAUGGUGUGUUAAAGUUAUAGUAAAGCGGGCAUUCGCGAUCCAGAAGAAAGAGGGUGGCUCCGGGUGUAAAAGAGGAAAAUUUUAGGGGUAAAGAAGACGGAGACGCAGCCAGUCGAAGGCAAGCAAAGAGCCGACACUCGCACAAAGGCGCAGGGGGAUUUAUGCGGAAUUGGAGACAGAAUCGGAGGAGCCACGGUGAAAGAAUGACAAGCGAAAAGUAUGCAACCGCCGUGGUACAUUACCUGAGGUGAAACGAGAAAAUGAUAGAAGAAACACACCCAAACGAUGACAGCUACAUCGUACGUGUAAAAGCGGUGGUGAUGACGCGGGACGACUCGAGCGGUGGGUGGCUGAAUCAGGACGGGGGAGCUCUGAGCAGGGUAGGGGUGUGCCGCCUGCUGCCGACAGAGUUGGCACCUGUGUUGGGCUCCACCAGCUCCCAGUUCUUCAUCCGUGGUGAACGAAUGCGGGACAACCAGGUGAUCCUGGAUUGCCCGCUGAGGAAGGAUCUAGUGUACACCAUAGCGACGCCCACGUUUCACCAUUGGAAGGUGGAAGACAGACGGUGCGGCCUAUCCUUCCAGAGUCCAGCUGAUGCCAGAGCUUUCGACAGGGGAGUUCGAAAGGCAAUUGAUGACCUGGCUGAAGGCUCCACGACCUCCUCUACGGCACUCCAGAAUGAGGGGGAGCUGGGUGACGAUGACGUCUUUACUAAUACCACAGACAGCUCAUCCAACUCCUCCCAGAAACUGGAGACCUCUCUGCAGCCGCUCGAGUCCUCGCCCCUUCCCCAGAGACACAAGUGCCCGCUGGGAUUUCGCCACGAUCCCUAUCGGCUCUCAGACCACUACUACUUGGACCAGCCAUUGUCUCGGAUUCCCCGCCAUGUCACCUUCGAGGACGAGGAAAUCGUCCGCAUCAACCCUCGGGAGCGCAGCUGGGAGCGGCCCGCCGAGCGUCAUCGUGGACGCCACUCAGAUCGCUCCUGGCUCACCGGCUACGAGGACUACCGCCACACAACAGUGCGUGACAAAUUCAUCAACAUGGACGACCCUGAGCCCAAUGUCCACUUUGACAAAACGGAGGCGCAGAAGCACGACUACACGUACCCGCUGGCACCGGCCCUGUCGCCCUCAGACUCUGAUCCCUCCCUUGGACCCUUAAACAGUAAGGGCCAAAACGUCUCGUAUCGCCAGCAGUUCCCGUCUGUGGUGUCCAGUCAGCCUCGCUCCCUACUCCCGAGCUCCUCUUCAUCCACCAAUGGUGGGAAGGGGCGGAAGGAUGACAGAAUGGAGCGUGCUCAGUGUGAGCACUGCGGUGAGGCUUUUUACCUCUCCAGCAACCGGAGAGGUAGGUGCCAGGAUGCUCCAGACCCGGUGCGCACGUGCAUCCGACGGGUCAGCUGCAUGUGGCUGGCAGACACCAUGCUCUACCACUGCAUGUCUGACCCAGAGGGGGACUACUCAGACGCCUGCUCCUGUGACGGGGGCGAGGGUAGCGGGGGAGGCUGUCUGGGCACGCGCUGGUUAGCCCUGUUUGGUUUGUCUUUGGUGGCGCCCUGCCUCUGCCUCUACCCACCUCUCCACGCUUGCCACCGGGUAGGGCUUGCAUGCGGCUGCUGCGGAGGUCGACACAAGGCCCUGAGCUGAGCGGCCGUGCUUUGAAACCUCAGAGGGACACGACUCAAACCUAAACCCAAUGCAAGGACAGGGAAAGGGAAGGAUGGGGAAACGAACAGAAGGGACAAGUGGUCAUGGCUGCUUACUCUCUUGCCUUGUUUUCUCUGGGUUUCUCUACAAAUUCCAGACACUGAAAUAAGCCAAAAAAGAAAAAAACUGCUGGUGCAUUUUCUGAACGGCCUGGGAAGAUAAGCUCCCCCUUACGGCAGACAGUUCUCUCAGCUCUCCACGUGGCCAUUUGCUCUGUUUCUAGUGAGAGAGCACUCUUUUUCAGGGGGCCUUUUUUUUUUUAUAGCUGACCUAUAUGUCAUGUAUCACAUAUGCAGGUACUUUAUAUUGUUAUAUUUGUACACUGACUCGGCGUCAAAGAACUUGAAUUGUUUCUUUGUCCUGUUUUUCAUUCUCUCCUUUGAUGUACGCGUGGCCAUUUUGUUUAUACUCUAUUCCAAUAUCAGGCCCGCUCAGCUCAACUCCAGCAACACGAGACAUCAAACACUACAUCUCUUUGCGCAUGUGUGUUAGUGUGCGCGCGCGUGUGCGUUGAUGGUAUAUGUGCAUGCUUGUGCGCCUAGGCCUUUUGUUGUCUGUACUGCAGCUUAUAGUAAAGCUCAUGUAUAUAGUCUACAUAGCUCUCCACCAUCAACGUCUUCUUUGUUCACCGAGGCAAACGUGGUACUCAUCUUAAUCUUCGUCUAAUAUCCCAAAGAUUCAAGCUUUCAUCCUAUUUAUUUUUCUCUCUUAAAUUGAUCCACCAUCAAAAGGGUGCUGGGCUAUGAUUCAUUCACUGAAUGAGACGGUGCCUCAAGUCACGCUAGCAUCCGCCCCUGCUCCUUUCAAACAUUAUUUCAAACAGUGCCUAAAAUCGCCUGAACCGGGAACCCACUGAGUCUUAUUCCAGUCAGAUUUUGGCUCAUUUUUACUUACAGUGCACUUGGAGUAGUGUGAUUUU